AUGAACACCACCACCUUCCUCCCCACCUUCCUCCCCACCACCACCACCACCGCCGACCCUUACACCACCAACUUCACCACAACGCUCUUCCCUGGCAACGACACACCAUGGGACGCCAACGGGACGUUCGGCGACGGCGGCGGCCACGAUGACGUCGACGAGGACUCGUGGCAGCUGGUGACGGCCAUCGUGUCCUUCACGGUGCUGGCGUGCGGCGUGGCGGGCAACACACUGGUCAUGUGGGUUCUACUGCGCCACACGCACGCCCGCGCGCACUCGCACUCCGUCACCAACAUCUACAUUCUCAACCUGGCGGCCGCCGACCUGCUGUACUCCUUCUGCCCACUGUUCUUCACCGCACAGAACCUGUUGAAGUACUGGCCACUGGGGGAGCUGAUGUGUCGCCUCGUCAUGGUCACAGACGUCCUCAGCCAGUUCUCCAGCACCUUUAGCCUGUUGGUGAUGAGUAUCGACCGCUACCUGGCGGUGGUGCAUCCGGUGCGCUCUCAACGCGUGCGGCGCCCCCGUGUGGCGAGGAUCACCAACGCGUGCGUCUGGCUGCUCGCAGGACUGGCUGUGUCACCUGUGGGGGUGUUCAGCAGGGACUCGGACCAGGGCUCGUGUAACGUGGUGUGGCCCGAGCCCAAAGCAUUGUGGGACAAGAUCUUCAUCUACUACACGGCCUCGCUGGGCUUUCUACUGCCCCUAGUGGUCAUAUGUAUAUGCUACGUGCUCAUAGUCAUCAAGGUGAGGACCGCGCGCGUGAAGGCGGGGCUGGCCAAGCGUCGGCGCGGCUCGGAGCGCAGCGUGACGCGGAUGGUGUGUGUGAUCGUGUGUGUGUUCGUGCUGUGCUGGCUGCCCUUCUUCGUGGCCAACGUGGUCAACCUGGAGUACGACCUGCCCGAAGAAGACUGGGUCUCCGGCUUCUUUUUCUUCACCGUCACGCUCACGUACGCCAACAGUGCUGCCAACCCGCUGCUGUACGGCUUCCUCUCCAGUACAUUCCGCCAGGGCUUCCGGAAAGCACUCUGUUGCCCCCAGACAGGUGGGGGCCAAGUGGACGACUGUCCUAGCCCUCGUCCAAGGAGCCGUGUGACGGCGGUGACGGACGCCUCCCCGAGACCCAGUCCCUUGGUGGACCGGGGACCCAAGACCACGAGGCCCAGUCCCUUGGCGGAGCGGGGCCCCAAGACCACAGCGCUCCUGAGCCCUCAGCAGCAACAGCAGAGCCGGCCAGACUACAACGGACACGCCCACAACACGCAGGUGAACACAGACGCGCACCAAGUUUGGAUACGCGGUGAGGAGAAACGUCGACAGACACACAAAGACGUUGGCUACACGGCCGUCAACAGCAUGCGGGGCUCGAGGGCCGCAAAGGAGCGCGACAGAAGACCCAGUUACCCCAGCGACCAGCUGGUUAAAAAGAUGCACCCGACCACGAAGGUGUGGGUCAAGGUGUCGAUGGCCGUCGCCUACGUGCUGAGCGUGUCGCUCGUGGCGCUGGGCUUGGCUGUCUACUACAUUGCCUUUUGGACACCCAACAGGUCCACCAACACCACCGCGUGCAGCCGACGCGCGCUCAACGGCUCUCAACUGGCGGGAGUUUGA